AUGAACAGUUGCACGCAUCUGAGCAGCCGCCUCUCGAAGCUCGCCGUCGCCUCGACGAGACGCUUUUCGAUGGAGAGAUUGACCGCUAAGGACCUGGAGAUUGUCAAGAAUCCUUCCGACGAGCAGAUCAACGCCUUUCAGCAAAUGGUCGGCGGCUUCAACGACAUCAAAUUGCUCAAAGAGACCAUGAAGGACCGCUAUCGUCUCUUUCUACUUUGUCUCAAAGGUUUGGUUGUCCGUUUGUUAGCUCUGUUCUAUUCUACUCUUCAGAUUCGAAUAAAGUAGUUUCCGGAACCCAUUCAAUCACCUUUAAGUCGCUGCACGGAUCCGACGACUUCCAACAUUUCGGCCUUUCCUUCCAACCGGACAAUUGCUACGACCUCUUACCCCAUCUUAUGCACGAAAUGUGCCAGGAACUCGGAGCUGUCAACAUGAAUUCCGGAGGAUGUGUCGGUUAGAGUUUCUUCCAAUUUUCCCCUUUCCCUUUCCUUAUUCUAGCUCGUUCAAGACUCAAAAAAUGCGGCCGUCUGGAGAAAAGUGCUGCACACGAAGGUCCGCGGGCCAACGUACUACGUGUCGCAUUACAAGGCCGAUGAGGUCUUCAAUCCUGAUCUGGAAUUUGAUGACGUCAUCGUUAAGGUCACUUGGAAUUUAUUCAGUGUGCAGACAAAUCAUCAUUACAGAAGUUCGCGGAAGUGCCAGUGGAGCACGUUGUCAACUACGACAAUUCCAUUUUCCCGUACGAGAGAAAAGAGUUCCUGCUGGCCAAGUUCAAGGGCGGCGUCGGAAGAGUCGCCUACGACAAGUCUGGAAAUGUCAUCGGAAUCGGACUGGUGUCUACGGAUGGCUCUUCCGGAAACUGUGACAUUGGCCCGAUGUACUGCGACAGCAGAAACACGGCGCAGGCGAUCUUCCAGAACAUUCUGCGCGAACUUCCGCUCAAAGAUCUCAACGAGAUCCGCAUUCGUUGCAGUGACAAGUUCGAGGACAGUGCCACGUACGAGCAGGCUGAACUCUCUGUCCCUCAUUAAUUUCUUCCAGUUGGGUGCGUCCAUUCCUUCGUCGUCGCCACGAGAUGACUCCGUUCGCGCACAUCAAGUUCAACCGUGUCAUCCCAGCGGGACUCAACCUCUCCAAAGUGUUUGUGAACUCGAAUCCGUCUAGUGCUCCGUGCUAA